AUGAGCGGGGCCGCUCUGGGUAUCGAGAUCGUGGUGGUGUUCUUCCUGGCGCUGUUCCUGCUGCACCGGUACGGAGACUUCCGGAAGCAGCAGCGGAUGGUGCUGUUCGGGACGCUGCUGGCCUGGUACCUGUGCUUCCUCAUCGUCUUCAUCUUACCUCUGGAUGUCAGCACAACCAUCUACAAACAGUGUAAGAUAGACCAUGAGGAGCACGCUCCUGUUCCCUCCGUCAGCCCGUUACCAUCCAACCACACAACAGCAAACACAUCUGUCACGCCCACUAAAAGCGCACCAAAGCCGUGCUACAAGCCGUGGAGCUACAUCCCUGACGGCAUCAUGCCUGUGUUCUGGAGGGUGGUGUACUGGACGUCCCAGUGUCUCACGUGGCUGCUGCUGCCCUUCAUGCAGUCGUACGCUCGCUCUGGAGGCUUCUCCAUCACCGGGAAGAUUAAAACCGCUCUGAUAGAAAAUGCUAUUUAUUACGGGACCUACCUGCUGAUCUUCGGCUCUCUGCUCAUAUACGUGGCCGUUCACCCUGAGUGGCAUCUCUCCUGGUACGAGCUCCAGACCAUCGGGAUCACGGCCGCUAACACCUGGGGCCUGUUCCUGCUGGUGCUGCUGCUCGGCUACGGUCUGGUGGAAAUCCCUCGCUCCUACUGGAACGCCUCACGACACGGACACCUGCUCAUCAAGACGUACUUCAAGGCGUCCAAGCUGAUGACGGAGAAGGCAGAUGCGGAGGAGAACCUGGAGGACGUGAUGGAGGAGGUGAGGAAAGUCAGCGAGUCCAUCAAAUACAACCAUCCGCUGAGGAAGUACAUCGACACCAUUCUGAGAAAGUGCCCGGUGGAUUACCAGGAGAAGAUGGGCAGGAACAUGGACGACUACGAGGACUUUGAUGACAAACAGACCACGUAUCCCAGUGAGAAGAGCCUGGUGAAGCUUCAUAAACAGGUGAUCUACGCGGUUCAGAGACACAACAGGACUCGUGUGCAGUGGCAGAUCCUCCUGCAACAGGCCAUCCAUCUGGAGGACGUGGCCAAGAACGAGACCAGUUCAACCCACCAGUUUGUCCACAGCUUCCCGUCCUCUGAGCCGGCCGGCUGGUUCAGCAGAUACGUCUACACACCGACUGUAGAGUGGUACUGGGAGUGCCUCCUGAAGCGCUGGUCUUAUCGGCUGCUGUCUGUGGUCCUGACUCUGUUCAGCGUGGCCGUGGUCUGGUCUGAGUGCACCUUCUUCAGCACCCGGCCCGUCCUCUCUCUGUUCGCCGUGUUCAUCCAGCUCGCUGAGAGAGACUACAACUACCUGUACAUCGAGAUGGCGUGCUUCAUCACAAUCUUCUUCCUGUGCACCUGCGUGUACUCCACCGUGUUCCGUAUCCGGGUCUUUAACUACUACUACCUGGCCUCCCAUCACCAGACGGAUGCUUACAGCCUCCAGUUCAGCGGCAUGUUGUUCUGUCGUCUCACUCCUCCUCUGUGUCUGAACUUCCUGGGUCUGAUCCACAUGGACUCUGCCAUCUCCCACCAGCAGAAGGAGCAGACGGCCUACACCUCAAUCAUGGGAUCAAUGCGAGUCCUCUCCUUUAUCGCUAACGGCUUCUACAUCUACUACCCCAUGCUCAUAGUCAUCCUCUGCAUCGCCACCUACUUCAGCCUGGGCACUCGCUGCCUGAACCUUCUGGGCUUCCAGCAGUUUAUGGGCGACAGCGAGAUGACCUCCGACCUGAUCGACGAGGGGAAGGAGCUGAUCCGACGGGAGAAAAGAAAGCGUCAGAGGGUCGAGGAUGGAGAGAACAGACGGAGGGAGUGGAAGGAGCGUUACGGAAACCAGAGGGAGGAGUACGCUGCGAGGAACAGGAGCAGCCACGAGAUGAAGGAGACCAGUUACUCAGACGGCGUGAACUCCAGCAGCAGCAGACAGGCCAAAUACUCUCGCUCCGGGAGUCGAGCGGAGAGGGACCGCAUCGAGCUGCUGCAGGACGCUGAACCUCUGGACUUCAACGCUGAGACUCUGACGGACGACCCUCUGGACACAGAGUCUGGCAGACACGCAGGAGGACGGUAUCUGUCCAUGUCGUCGUCUCGCAGCCGGAUAUUUGAUGAUGUCUGACGGGGAGGAGACGUCUGAAGGAGAAGCCUGAACUGGAAUGGACCUGAGCAUCACUGUCACCGCCUCCACCUGCAUCUCCCAGCAUGCACUGCAACUGAAAAAAAAAAAAAACAGGAGACAUUUCCUUUGACUUUGACCAGUGUUGGUGUCCAGCUCGGCUGCAGGUCAGUGAAGACGCUCAGGUGGGACAGCAGCCUCUGACAGGUAUCAGCCUGAUGUGGACCCCUGUGGAUCAGCAGCGUCUCUGUGUCCCACACAUCACGUCACUGUCCUGAGCGGUUUAAUGAAGCUGCGUACGUUUGAUUAUAGAUUUUAUUGUUUGACCUAAAUGUUCAUGUUGUGGAUUUAUUUAACUGAGACGUGAUGACGUGUCCGUCUCGUCUUCUCUGAACUGUCUGACGUGUUUCACCUUCAGACGCAGCAGAAGAAGAAAUGAAUGAAUGUAAUGAUCAGGUGUGAACACGUGUCACGUGAAGGUGUCCUGACAUCCUGCUGUGAGAACCAUCCGGACUCCUCUGAGUCCAGUGUUCACAGUUCACUGGUUAAUCUGACAUGUUUCGAACUGUCACGUUUGUGACCUUUGAUGAAAAUGGCAGAUGAUUCAUUCAUUCAUCCACAGUCUGAAUCCAGUUUGUUACAGAGUCAAACAGAGGAAACGUGACCUGUGAAGGACCACACCUGUGUUCUGUGUUUCACUUUCUAAGAACAGGAUCCAUUUAUUUUACUACAUGAAGUUCAGCAGCAGUUAAACAACUUUAACCAACUGGUUUUAGAUUCAGUUUAUUUUAUUGGUUUGUGGUAAACGUGUGAAAACAGGUAAAAACACAGGUGUGCUCCAGUAAACACGGUCAGAGUUCAGCACUCACUCAGGUGUCACUCACUCAGGUGUCCAUGGAGAGAAUCUGCCAGCAGGUUCAGCUGAGCUCCGUCAGAGGAGCUGAUCAUCAGGAGGAAACUGAUCUGAGUCCAGUGUUCACCUUCACAUUCUCACCUGUUCACGUCCCGUCAGUGACGCUGCUCUGUAAAUAUGUGAUAAGGUUUUGUAUUCAAUGGGCUGAUCAAUGAUCAAUGAUCAAUGAUUAAUGAAGAUGUGUUUGUAUUUAUGAAGCCUCCUGUUAACUCUUAUCUUAGUGGCCCCUCCCUCUGUCUGAUCACACUGUGAUUCUGCUGAUGAAGUCUGUGAUUGUGUGGUGAAUAUUUAUUGUGUUCAUGAUCUCAGCACGUGUUACUUCUGACUGUGGAGACAGAGGUUAGAUCUGAGCUGAUGUCUGCUUUAACCUGCUGUCAGUGUCCUGUCGCUCAAUAAAGGUUUUCACAGAGUAACAACACUGAGCUGCUGUGCGUCA